AUGGCCGCCAUUAUCAUGACGUUCAUUAUGCUUUGGCAUGUGCACUCAAAAUACACAGCUGUUGGGCGUAAGGAAAUUCUUUUUUUUCUUUAUACAUAUUGUGUAUCUGAGUUCCUUGUGAUGUUCCUCGACUCGGCAGUAAUUCCCACUCAUACAGGCGCAUAUUUAUGGGUCACGUCUAUCUACAUUGGAUUAAAGUCGGGCCUUUUUUGGAUUCUGAUGUUGAAUGGCUUCAUUGGCUUCCAGUUCUUUGAAGACGGAACACUUUGGUCGCUCCUGUCUUUGUACAUUAGCUCCUUCAUCAUAUGGCUCAUCGCAUUCCUGGUCUCUUCGCAAACCUUUACCAACAGUAUCAAUGGUACAGGUGGUCUAUGGUUCUUUGAAUUUGCAUUCCCGAUCAUCAUGGUUGCGAUCUAUGUGAUCUCGCAAGUGAUUCUUGUGCUUCGCACCCUAGACGAACUUUGGCCCAUCAAUGACAUUGUCUUGGGAUGCUUGGCCUUCACUGCUGGCCUUAUUCUCCAGUACGGCUUCAACAAUCAAAUUUGCAAAAGCGUUAAGCACUACAUCGAUGGCACAUUCUUUGGCACUCUGUGCUCCUUGUUGGCAGUCAUGAUGGUCUACAAGUUUUGGGACUCAAUCACGAAGGAAGACCUCGAAUUUAGUGUGGGCGCACGUCAUUCCAAUUGGGAUGCCAAAGAUCUUUCGUCCAUGGGCACAGAUUUCGACAGCACAUUCCAAUCGCGCGCGAACUCUCGCACCUUCGAUAACUCGCGGACUCCAUCGCCGUAUGACCACAAGGAAGCGAUGCAAUCCCAGUUUGGACUGAGUGUGAGGCGCCACUCCUCGGGUGACAGUUUCGUCAUCCCGAGGUGA